UCUCUCUCUCUCUCUCUCCUUUUAUUUUCUGCAGCUACCCACUGCUGCCUCCUCGCAGCGCCUUCUCUCUUGCCGUUUUGCAGACCUAGACACCCUCGUAGAUUGUUAUAGAGAGAGGGGGGGAAGAGCAAGCGUAGCUGUGAGUUAGAAAGAGGAAAAGGGAGGAUAGAAGUUUUGCCUCCUCUUUCUUUCUCUCAGCAUCCUCCUCAUAGAUAGAGAGGAAGUUGGAGACAUUUGGGCCUGCGAAAAUUUCCCCCUUUUGUCUCCUCGUCCUCUCUAUUAAAAACCCCGCCCCACCCGCUUCUUCUUUUUUCAGCUCUCAUUUUUCCCACCUUUGUGAUUCGUAUACAAGUAGGACGAGCUUGCCUUCUCUUGAAUGUGUCGUGUCUGUGCUGGUUCAUGUGUGUUUGUUUGUCCGCACGAACCUCUUUGAAAUCUUGGACGUGGAGCAAACCAGCGACGGCUGUUGAGGGCGUUUUGGUUGGGAUUGAGUUCGCCGGAGAGGAGAAGCGUAAGGCUCGGUGAGUUUUGAAAGAUCAGAAAGACAUCCGAUACAGGCUACAGGGGAAGGAAGGGAGAAAUAUAGAGCGCAAAAAUUGGGACCUUUUUGAUGAGUUUCGGGGGAUUCCUCGACACCGGCUCGGGCGGCGGCGGAGGCGGGGCGACGAGGGUCGUUGCCGCUGAUAUUCCGUACGCGGGGAAGAACGACAUGGCGCCGUCGGGCGCAAUCGCGCAGCCACGCCUCUUGAGCCCUUCUCUGUCCAAGUCCAUGUUCAACAACUCUCCUGGACUGUCUCUCGCUCUCCAAACUGGGAUAGAGAACCAGCAAAUGGGGGAGAGCUACGAGCAAAUGAGCGUGAGCAAUCACCACCUCCGGAGGAGCAGAGAGGAGGAGCACGAGAGCAGAUCCGGCAGCGAUAACCUCGACGGCGGCGGAGCCUCCGGCGACGACCAGGACGCCUCCGCCGACAACCCUCCGAGGAAGAAGCGUUACCACCGACACACUCCCCAGCAAAUCCAAGAACUUGAAGCGUUGUUCAAGGAGUGCCCACAUCCUGAUGAAAAGCAAAGGUUGGAGCUGAGCAAGAGGCUUUGCUUGGAGACCAGGCAAGUCAAGUUCUGGUUCCAGAAUCGGCGCACCCAGAUGAAGACACAAUUGGAGCGACAUGAGAAUUCGCUGCUCCGGCAAGAGAACGACAAGCUCCGUGCUGAGAACUUGUCCCUCCGAGACGCCAUGAGGGACCCGAUUUGCACCAACUGCGGCGGCCCGGCCGUCAUCGGCGAGAUCUCCCUCGAGGAGCAGCACCUCCGGAUCGAGAACGCCCGCCUCAAGGACGAGCUGGACCGCGUGUGCGCGCUCGCGGGGAAGUUCCUCGGCCGCCCCGUCUCGUCGCUCGCCGCAUCCAUGGCUCCGCUGAUGCCCAACUCGAGCCUCGAGCUAGGGGUCGGGACUAACAACGGGUUCAUCGGUAGCUUGGGCACGGUGGCCAUGACGACACUGCCCCUGGGGCCUGAUUUCGGGGGUGGGAUCUCGGGCAACCCGGUGAUGGUGGUGGCGAACCCACCGAGGCCCCCGGGCGCCGGGGGCAUGGUGUCGAUCGAGAGGUCGAUGUUGCUGGAGCUCGCCUUGGCCGCCAUGGAUGAGCUGGUCAAGAUGGCUCAGACCGACGAGCCGCUUUGGAUCAGGAGCUUGGAAGGUGGGAGGGAAAUACUGAACCACGACGAGUACAUGAGGACCUUCACGCCGUGCAUCGGCAUGAAGCCCAGCGGAUUUGUGACCGAGGCCUCUAGAGAGACUGGGAUGGUGAUCAUCAAUAGCUUGGCACUUGUGGAGACGCUCAUGGACUCUAACCGGUGGGCUGAGUUGUUUCCAUGUACGAUAGCUAGAACAUCGACCACGGACGUGAUCUGUAGUGGAAUGGGAGGAACCAGAAAUGGUGCACUUCAGCUGAUGCACGCCGAGCUACAAUUGCUGUCGCCGCUGGUUCCGGUCCGGGAGGUGACCUUCCUCCGGUUCUGCAAGCAGCACGCGGAGGGUGUGUGGGCGGUGGUCGACGUGUCGGUGGAUGCCAUCCGAGAAGCUGCUCCCGGAGGCGGGGGCGGAGGCGCGCCCUCGUUCCCGAGCUGCAGGAGGCUUCCUUCCGGCUGCGUGGUUCAAGACAUGCCCAAUGGGUACUCCAAGGUGACGUGGGUGGAGCAUGCGGAGUACGACGAGAACCAGAUACACCAGCUGUACAGGCCAUUGAUCGGCUCGGGAAUGGGCUUCGGCGCUCGACGGUGGGUCGCCACCCUCCAGCGGCAGUGCCAGUGCCUCGCCAUUCUCAUGUCCUCCACCGUCCCUUCACGUGAUCACACCGCGAUAACGGCGAGCGGGAGGCGGAGCAUGCUGAAGCUGGCGCAGCGGAUGACGGCCAACUUCUGCGCGGGGGUGUGCGCGUCCACGGUGCACAAGUGGAACAAGCUGAGCGGGGGGAACGUGGACGAGGACGUGCGGGUGAUGACACGGAAGAGCGUGGACGACCCUGGGGAGCCGCCGGGCAUCGUGCUGAGCGCGGCCACGUCGGUGUGGCUCCCCGUCUCGCCGCAGCGGCUCUUCGACUUCCUCCGCGACGAGCAGCUCCGGAGCGAGUGGGACAUCCUCUCCAACGGCGGCCCCAUGCAGGAGAUGGCCCACAUCGCCAAGGGCCAGGACCACGGCAACUGCGUCUCUCUCCUACGUGCCAGCGCCAUGAACGCGAAUCAGAGCAGCAUGUUGAUACUGCAGGAGACGUGCAUAGACGCGGCCGGGUCGCUUGUGGUAUACGCGCCCGUGGACAUCCCUGCCAUGCACGUCGUCAUGAACGGCGGGGACUCUGCUUACGUCGCCCUCCUCCCAUCCGGGUUCGCCAUCGUCCCCGAUGGGCCGGGCUCCCACGGCGGUGGGGCGGGGAACCUGGACGUGCCUGUGAGCAACGGGGGGCCGCAGAGGGUGGGCGGGUCGCUCCUGACGGUGGCAUUCCAGAUCCUGGUGAACAGCCUGCCCACGGCAAAGCUCACGGUGGAGUCAGUCGAGACGGUCAACAAUCUGAUAUCGUGCACGAUCCAGAAGAUCAAGGCUGCGCUCCAGUGCGAAAGCUGAUCGAUCGGACCAAUGACGGGGUGAAUCGCCGGCGAUCUUCAGUUAUUUGUUUUCUUCCGUUCUAGGUUUUGUGCAUGAGGGGUGCAGUUACGAAUCGUUAGCGUUGGUGGUUUUCGAGCUUGCGAGGCAUUUUGGGCACGUGGAAUGAGCGAGCAGACGCAGAAAAAAAAGAAGGGCAGGUUUUUUUUACUAAGGGGGGUGUCGAGUCAAGAACGAACCGCGCGUCGAGACUCCUUGCACGGUGGUAAGAAGCGGCAUGGCGCAGUGGUUGUCUGAGAGAGCUACGGAAGUCGGAGCAUUCUUAGUGCCGGGCAAGGGUGGUGGUUCGGGUAUUGACUCAGGUUCAUCCCCGAGUUGGCUCGACAAGAGAAGGGGGUGAAAAAAAAAAAAAAAAACAGGAAAUAGGUUUUUAUGAAAUGGGGUGUUUGUCAGCUGUUUUUGUUGUGAAAUCGAAAUCAUUUUGGUGUUUUGUGUUAAAGCCGAGGCUGCUUCAACUUGAGCAUUUGUAACUUCUUGGUGGUUGCUUGUGUUGGCUUCUCCGGCUCGUUUCCGGCGACUGA